AUGCCUCUGGAUAUAGAUCAGAAUGCAGGAGGCGCGAGGCAGCCUCGUUACCUUCAGCUUCUGACUUUAUUGGCUUUCCACACUUUCAUUCGCGAGGAGGUCGAUGCCGCAAUAUUCGAGGUCCAUCAUGGCGGAGAAUAUGACGCGACAAACGUGAUACGGAAGCCUGUGGUAACCGGCAUAACAUCUCUCGGAAUGGACCAUGUUGGGCAACUUGGACCUACUCUCGAGACGAUCGCUUGGCAUAAAGCAGGCAUCUUCAAACCGGGCGCGCCCGCGUUCUCAGUUACCCAGGAACCUGGCCCUACAGGAGUUAUGUCCAAGCGUGCUCUCGAUAAGGGCACUAAUUUGACCUUCGUCUCAACCAAGGAUUGCUUUCCCACUGGUGGGGGAGCGGUUAGCGUCCCAGUUCAGAGACUGAACGCUUCCUUGGCACUUGAGCUCACUGAAGCAUUCUUGCGAAUCAAAGCACCUGGCCAUACGAUGAGCGAUGAAGAUAUCCAUCGCGGGGUAGAAAACUUCUCGUUGAUUGGGAGGUUCGAGAUUAUAGACGAAAGAAACUUACAGUGGUUUGUGGACGGAGCGCACAAUGUUCUGAGCUUAGAACAAACUGCAGAAUGGUUUGCAAGAAACACCAGUGCUCCUAAUACGCAUAAAACGGGGCAUACCCUUAUUUUUAGUCAAUUAUCACCGGAGCGAGACGGAGUGACGCUGGUACGAUCUCUAGCGCAUGCACUCCUCAGAAAUAAUGUGAAACCGGAGAAUGUCAUUUUCACCACAUACCAGGAGAAAGAAGAUAAGUCUAUUGUGCCGAACGUUCAAGCUCCCGCGACUCCGUUCCAUGACCUUUGCACUCUAUACUCUUCAGUGUGGAAGGAACUUGACCCGCAAGCGACGGUCACGAGUGAACCGACUAUCGAGAGAGCGGUAAACCUGGCAAGACAAAUAGGAGGAGGUCGUGAGGAUGGAAUGCAAGUGCUUGUUACGGGAAGCUUACACAUGGUUGGUGGAGCGCUAAGGUUCCUGCGCCCAUGA